CCUGCUAUGAGGGAAGUAGGAGCAAUGUCACCUGAUGAUAUCGUAUCAAGAACAAGGUUGCUUGAAAAUGAAAUUCGUAUCAUGCGUCUGGAACUGACGAGAAUAUCUCACGAAAUUCAGAAUCAGAGAGAUAAAAUAAGAGAAAACACAGAAAAGAUCAAAGUUAAUAAGACUUUGCCAUAUCUUGUGUCCAAUGUCAUUGAGAUUUUGGAUGUUGAUCCCAAUGAGUAUGGAGAGGAAGAUGGUGCAAAUGUUGAUCUGGAUUCUCAACGGAAGGGGAAGUGUGCUGUUAUCAAGACUUCCACACGUCAGACUUACUUUUUGCCUGUCAUUGGUCUUGUAGAUGCUGAAACAUUAAAACCUGGUGAUCUUGUUGGAGUGAAUAAAGAUUCUUACCUGAUCCUUGAGACACUUCCAGCAGAAUAUGACUCCAGAGUGAAAGCUAUGGAAGUGGAUGAAAGGCCAACAGAGCAGUACAGUGAUAUUGGUGGCUUGGACAAGCAGAUCCAGGAAUUAAUAGAAGCUGUGGUUUUACCUGUCACUCACAAGGAACGUUUUGAAAAUCUAGGGAUCCAGCCACCAAAGGGAGUUCUUUUAUAUGGACCUCCUGGUACAGGAAAAACACUUUUAGCAAGAGCUUGUGCAGCACAGACAAAGUCCACAUUCUUAAAAUUAGCUGGUCCACAGUUAGUACAAAUGUUCAUUGGUGACGGUGCAAAGUUAGUGAGGGAUGCUUUUGCCUUAGCUAAGGAAAAAGCUCCUGCCAUCAUCUUCAUUGAUGAGCUUGAUGCUAUAGGUACAAAACGUUUUGACAGUGAGAAGGCAGGAGAUCGAGAGGUACAACGUACUAUGUUAGAGCUCUUGAAUCAGUUAGAUGGAUUUUCAUCAACAACUGACAUAAAGGUUAUUGCUGCUACAAAUCGUGUGGAUAUUCUUGAUCCUGCAUUAUUACGAUCUGGUCGUUUAGAUAGAAAAAUAGAGUUCCCUCACCCUAAUGAGGAAGCUCGUGCUCGUAUCAUGCAAAUCCACUCAAGAAAAAUGAACAUCUCUUCUUGCGUCAACUUUGAAGAGUUGGCUAGGUCUACAGAUGACUUUAAUGGUGCACAGUGCAAGGCUGUUUGUGUAGAAGCAGGUAUGAUAGCUCUAAGAAGACAGGCAACGACAGUGACUCAUGAAGACUUCAUGGAUGCUAUUAUGGAGGUUCAGGCCAAGAAAAAAGCUAAUCUUAAUUAUUAUGCUUAAGAAAUGUAAUUGGUAGUAUAGCAGCAGUAUGUUUAUAGUUGAAUUUUGUGCAUCAUAGUGUAUCAUUUCAUGGUAAAAUCUCUUUGCAGAAAUCAGUUUACGGUAUCUUAUGAGUUUCACUUGUGUAUUUGAUACUAGCAAGUGUUUUAUGUUAAUUUUCAUGCCAACAUGUACUUUUUCAGUAAAUCUUGCCGGAAGAAAGUA